AUGGACAUCUUUGCGACUUUACCGCCGGAGCUUAUCGCGCCGAUACUCAGCAAUUUGCCCGAUGUCAGAAGCUUAUACAGCGUCGCCAAGGCGUCGCCGCAUAUCUUUCACUUCCUGAACGGGACUUUGGGAGCCGAGGUUCUUGAUAACGUCCUCGACUCAUCAGCACAGAAUCUUGCGACAACGCCAUGGAUCCCACACGUCCUGCGCCUGGUAGCCCUCAUCAGGCAUUCUUCCGCGACAAACCCACCAGCAAGGAACCUCGCCACUUUUAUCACAAAGUUCAUCAUGCCGACCUCGUUUCAGAAUGCCCAGGGAGACCGCGUUCCAGAUAUUCAAUCGAGUCCGCCAUCUUGUAUCCCACGCAUUCGUCUUGCCCAUGUGAUGCGAGAUCACAAUUCCAUUACGCCGAGAGAAAUGCUGUUCCUCUUUCGGAAGAUCAAGCUGCUUGCAGGAGAGGCAUUUGACUUCUUUCAUGAGAGAAUCAAAGCGACCAAACCGCAGCACCUGACUGACAAGUGCUACCAUCUUGGCACGCUUCCUUGGAAUCGACGGCCUGAUGGCCAAUUAUGGGGACAGCCAUACAAGCUCAACACGGGCGGUGAGGCGUCCUGGUAUGAAAUGCAGAGAAUCACCCUCGGCUUUUGGUGUCUCCAGUUGUGCUAUGAGCUCAGUAACGCUGCUUCUGAAAAGCGACUGAACUGGUCAGCUUCUGAUAUUGAGGCAAUCCGUGACAUGGGAUCCGGUGAGACGUGCCUGUCGGGACUCAGGAAGUCAAGCUUGUGGAUCGCUCGAGAACCUUUAUGGGCUGCUUUGCUUUACGUCCGACAUUUGGAAGGUUGCUCGGAUGAAAGUUCUUGUGUUGGUGAUACUGAUGUUGUGAAUAAGGGUUUGAGCGUUUUCUUCAACACAGGUUUCAAACCAGUGGAGGGAAGCCACCUGCAACUACCCCAUCCAAAGAAAAUUGCAAGCUUCGCAUGGCCCGCUGUUAUGCUGAAGGCACCCCCGUUUCCUUGCGUUGACCCAAAUGAUGCUUUUACUUAUCACUGCCACAAAGUUCUAGUCGGAUGUAAGGGUUUGAGAUGGGCUGGACCACUUCUGUGCCCCAGAGGUACUCCCAGAUUGAGUGAAGGUUUGCUAUUCCGGCCAUUCAGGAGUUUGGGCUUUGGCAUCUGGGAUGAUGAACGAUUAGUGACGAUGGAAAUGCUUGAUGACCCCCAGAAUAAGAGACCGCGGAGAUUCCACGUCUGGUGUCAGGACCAAGUCUUCACUUGGACAAGUCUUUUGAGUAGUGAAGAGAAAGAAGAUCUGAGAGUGUACCAAGAGGCUUUGCAGUUAAGAGAGGAACAGGAAUUCGGUGAGUUGAUUGUUGGUGCGAACUAG